CUUGCCUUUUGAAAAUCACCCCCAAUUGAAAUUUAGGGUUUGUAGCAAUUCAAUCAUGGCUAACUUAGACUGCGUGGAGUCGGUGCCGGUAAAGCUAAACGCUGCUGUUGACGAUGAAAGGAAUGUGCAUGGCCUGUCCGACUACCAAUUACCCUCGCAGACGCCAACACGAAUAGUUUUGGUGAAGAGAAAGGCUGAUUUUGACGACAACUCUGUUUCCGACGACGAGGAGGAGAGCGGUGAUGAUUCUGAUUGUGAUGAGGUCUCAGAUAAUAAAGUCAGAGAAGAAGAAAAAAUUGUAUAUGCGGAGGAGGAGGAGGAUGAUGGUUAUGAAGGCAGCGAACAGCAGGAAAAGGACUUUGAGGAUUAUGUGAAAAUUGUGAAGGAGUCUGAAGGUUUUGAAAUCGGAAAAGGUUACAGAGGGUUUAUUAUUGGUGUUAAAGCCUCGGUCAAUCUGAAGGAUCCUGAGGAUAUUUAUACCAAGAACUGCAUUGAGGCUGUUCAUUCUGCAGUCAAGCAACAGAACGAUGAGAAGGGUGCAAAUUUGGAAUUCAUGGAGGUGACUAGCGCAAAUUGGACUUCAUUUGCUCUUUAUUAUGCAACCUUUAAAGCUAGAAACAAGACUACUAAUGAGGUGAACACUUAUCAAACAAAGGUCUUUCGCUGUUUGAUUGAUGGCGAGACUGAAAUUUAUUUGUUCAGGCUUAAACCAAAUCGAGAUUGUACAGCUAUCCAAGCUUAAUCGAAGCUGUCAAGAAGGCAUAAGAUGCUUAUGGAUUGUGGAGAUCUCCAACAUUUACGGUGUUGUUUUUUGGUAGUAUGAAAACUUUUGGCUGUGACCAUACAUAGGAGUUUAUUUGUGAUAUGUGUAGCUCUACAUUUUGGAAUUAUGAACUUGUCCAGUUUGAACUUAUUAUCUAAUGUUACAUUAAAUAUGUAUGUCUUUAGAUGA